GCAGUUGGGCGAAAUUGAGUCGCGUCGCUCCUUCCCACGUAGCGUGUUUAGGCAAGGCCAGGAACUGUCUCGCCAUGUCCGCUGCGGAGGCGGGUAGUGUUUUCCACAGAGCCCGGGGCAGGACCCUGGACGCGUUUUCUACAGAAAAGGAAAGGGAAUGGAAAGGUCCAUUCUACUUCAUCCAAGGGGCAGACCCACAGUUUGGGCUGAUGAAGGCCUGGUCCACUGGAGACUGUGACAACGGUGGUGAUGAGUGGGGGCAGGAGAUCCGUCUGACUGAGCAAGCUGUUCAAGCCAUCAACAAACUGAACCCCAAGCCCAAAUUCUUUGUUCUGUGUGGUGACCUCAUCCAUGCUAUGCCAGGGUCACCCUGGCGGAAGGAGCAGACACAGGACCUGCAGCACGUGCUAGAGAAGGUGGACCGGGAGAUCCCCUUGGUGCUGGUCAGUGGCAACCAUGACCUGGGCAACAUCCCCACAGCUGAGACCGUGGAGGAGUACUGCCGGACAUGGGGAGAUGACUACUUCAGCUUCUGGGUCGGAGGCGUCCUGUUCCUGGUGCUCAACUCCCAGCUUCUGUUUGAUGCCUCGGCGUGCCCAGCACUGAAGCAGGCACAGGACCGCUGGCUGGACCAGCAGCUGAGCAUUGCAGGGCAGCGCAGGUGCCAGCACGCCAUUGUCUUCCAGCACAUCCCACUGUUCCUACGGAGCAUCGAUGAGGACGACGACUACUUCAACCUCACCAAGGCCGUGCGGAAGGAGAUGGCAGACAAGCUCAGCAAAGCAGGAGUCAAAGCUGUGUUCUCCGGCCACUACCACAGGAACGCUGGGGGCACCUACCAGAGCCUUGACAUGGUGGUGUCAUCUGCCAUUGGAUGCCAGUUGGGCACAGACACCCAUGGGCUCCGGGUGGUCGUUGUCACCGCUGAGAAAAUUGUUCACCGGUACUACAGUUUGGAUGAGCUGAGUGAGAAGGGACUAGAAGACGACCUCGUGGGGCUGAUGAAGACAGGGUGACUCCCCUUUGGGGUCUGCUCACUCCUUACUUCUGUGCUAUCUUAUUUUUCCAGAAGUCACACCCCUCUGCUGAAAUGUCAGAGUAGACCAGGUAGGGCUACUUUGAUGUCUUUUUGCAUAAAUCAAAGUGUUGGGUCCUAUCCUAAAUUAUAGCCAAAAGUCUUUGCAAAAUAGAACUGCCUUUCCUUUGAAAAGGAGGUUCAGGACCUGGCGUGUAUUCUUGAUUAGCAUGAUGUCAGGCUGUCUGCGUGAUGUUUGAGUGAAUUCUCAACUCUGCUUUUGAAUGAGGUUCCCUCUGGUAGCGUGUGAUCGAUGUCUGCCUCUUGACCUCAGAUCCAGCUUAAUAUACAGGUGUGAACUUUGCUAAUUCCUUGAAUAAACUUUAUCUGAUUGUGUUAAAUUGUGGUCACGACUUCCCAAAUGCUAGGCCACACAAACACCACCCCCUUUUCUUCCUAGAAAAGAAAACACCUGUCUCUUCCCUUCCCAGAGCCACUGAGGCUUAUUUUAACAAGGAGCCAAGCAGCCACCCUGCUGGUAAAUUCUGAGACAUUUAUUAUUGGCUGACGGAGAGAACAGAAUAUAGUUGAUACAUUCAGUCAGGACUUCAGUUUGCUUCGGUGACUAUGAAGUCACCUUCAUACACACACUGGCCAUGUAUGAAAAUCUCAUCCAGAAGCCUCUAAAAGCAGCAUGUGAAGUCACCCUUAGCCCAUUCUGUUUGUCCACAGUCACAGUCUGUCUGCAGGCAGCCGGCAGACAGGGUGGGAUGGCAGUGCCUCUUAACUGCAUCUCUUGCAGAGAAAGCAGGAAUUGGUGCAGACUGCCCAAAAGAAGCAAACAAAUUCUGGUGGGCACAGCAGUCCUUGCAGGCACACUGUCUAAAUUGACACCGACUUUGAUUAAAUGCAGCUGGACAGUAUCCCUGGACAAGAGCGUGGGGUACUUGAAAUCCAAGUUGUUUUGUGUCGUCUGCUUAGCUGUCGCUUGUCGGCAGCUCCUGGACACUGUGUACUUUGAUCCUCCUGGUCUUUUAAGCAGUCGUCCAGUGGACAGGUAACCAGAUAUUGCAGACCCUUCAGGGAUUCACAGUAUCAUGCAGUAGUGUUCGGUGACCCUACACUGACUGUACUAAGGGUUACAAAUGAGCUGCAGAGUGCAUUAAAUUUAAAAAAUUCCUUGUUCAGGUUUUAGUCAGUGGUGUAAAACCAUGAGAAAAUAAAUAGAAAGAUAAUUGGAUAUGUAAAUUCGUAAGGAACAAAAGAGGAGAAGUUAAUUAUACCACAGAUUGGUGACACACCACAGCUCAUUGUUAGUGGGCACAAGAAAAUUAAAUUUGUUCCA